AUGGACCUAGCGAACCCUACACGAAGACAGCCAUCCUGGAGGCUUAACGCCUCUCUCCUGACAGACCCAGCGGCAUUACCUACCCUGACUGACAACCUGACAGAGUUCUUCAGACUCAAUGCGACCCCGGGUUCGGACCCACUCUCUGUGUGGGAGGCCCAUAAAUGCUCCAUGAGGGGAAUCCUGAUGGGACUGGGCUCGCACCGGAAGCGGGAAAGAGAGGCUGUAAUUCAAAAGCUAACUAGCCAGAUUAACACAUUAGAAACGUUACAUAAACAAUCCCUCUCUACUGAUUCCGCAUCACGGUUACUUGAAGCACGACGGGAACUGCAACGUUUGCUGGACUCUGCGGCCAAGCGCAUGCUAUUCUUUAAGAAGAAACUGUGUUACGAAUCGGGGAAUAAAGCAGGCAGGUUUCUGGCAAGGGCCUUACGCGAGAUUUCGUCGAUUAACCACAUCAAAGGGAUCAAGAGAGCAGAUGGGGGCCUCGACGUGACGACGGACGCGAUCGCGGAUCAUUUCCACAGCUUUUAUUCCAAGCUCUAUGCCCUCCCCCCGCAACACAGACAACAACACAUGACUGGAGACAGGACGCAGAUCAUUCAUGAUUACAUCACAAACAGUGGCCUUCCUGUCCUCUCAAACACUGAUAUGUCCCUACUCGAGGAGCCGAUCACGGCCCUGGAAAUCACUCAGGCCAUCAAACAGCUGAAAUCCGGGAAAAGCCCGGGUCCGGAUGGAUACUCGGCUAUAUACUUUAAGACUUUCUCUAAUCAACUCACCGGACCACUUAGAGACGCCUUGAACUCGUUGUCCUCACAUAGACAGGUCACCCCAGAUUUUUUAUCCGCGCACAUCACGGUUAUUCCAAAGUCAGGCAAGGACCCCGCAGACUGUGCGAGUUAUCGCCCUAUUUCCUUGCUGAAUUUGGACGUAAAAUUAUUUGCGAAAAUCCUGGCCACAAGACUGAGACCACUCCUUCCAGGGCUGAUAGGAAUGGAGCAGGUGGGCUUCAUGCCUGGUCGAGAGGCCAAGGAUAAUGUCACCAAGUGCAUUCAGAAAUUAACAGGGAAAGAGACCUCUCAGAUUAUGAAGGAUUUUCUUGAGGUCCAAUCUCAGAUGCUCUCCACGCUUAGAGAAUUUCAAACGUCCCUUAAAGGCAAAGAGCCUGAACCCCCCACCGCAGGGCCCUCUUCUCAGGAAAGCUCCUCUUCUUCCCACUUUUAUAGGGUCCGACAGGAGUCUCUGGGGUCCCUGGUAUCAGACUCUGAGGACUCAGAAAACCCCCCUCAGGAGGAGGGUUUGGCCGAUAGUCAGGCAGAGGAGGAAGAUGAGGAUGCAAGGGCAGGCAGAUAUAUCUUUUCAGCCAACGAAAUAGAGGGCCUCCUUGGGGCAAUUUAUGCAUCGGAGGAGAUUCUGCAGCCAGCGGAACAGGUAUCCAUACAGGAUAGAUUGUACCAGGGCUUAGUGAAGUCUCAGUCAAAGGCCAUUCCGGUACACCAGUCCCUCAAAGAUAUCAUCCUCAGAGAGUGGGCCGAACCAGAGAAGAAGCUUCUAAGGCUUUACUUUGGCUAUUUCCAGGAGCUUCAAGCCCUGUUAUUUGCUGUAGAAGAAAUAAACAGAAAUGAGAAACUUCUACCCAAUAUAACCUUGGGGUUCCAGUGGUAUGACACUUGUGGAGUAAUUCCUGUGAACACAGCCGCAACUUUACAAAUACUAACCGGACUUGAUGUGGCCAUCCCCAAUUAUCAAUGUCUACAUGAUGCUCCACUCAGCGCUGUUAUUGGCUCCGCUUACUCGACCCACUCAAUAGUUGCUGCCAAUAUUCUGGGGCUCUAUCGCUACCCUCAGUAUUUUCAACCUACUUUGCUCUACUGGUUCUUUACUUUUCUUGAACAGGUCAGUUAUUAUUCCACAAGCUCCCUCUUGAGUGACCGUAAAAAAUUCCCUUCCUUCUUUCGAACUGUUCCAAGUGAUGCAUUUCAAUCCAAGGGCCUGGCCAAGUUAGCUUUGCAUUUUCAUUGGAUAUGGAUUGGUCUUCUGGCUGUGGACAAUGACUACGGACAACAAGGAAUUCAGCUGGUUAAACAGGAGAUUACCAAGGCUGGAGCCUGUGUGGCCUUCACCGAGAAUAUUUUGGCCGGCAAGCAAGAUCGCAAUGCUCCACACAUAGUCAAAGUCAUAAAGCAAUCAGUUGCCAGAAUUAUUGUUGUGUUUGCUCCUGGUCUUGAUUUGCUGCCAAUUCUUGAUGAAAUGACAAAGCAAAACAUCACUGGAAAAUCAUUUGUUGCCAGCGAAGGGUGGUCCACAACUACUUUACAGAAUAUGGGAGCCUUUGCUCAUCUCCUUGUUGGAACGGUUGGUUUUGCUUUUUUUAGCGAGGGUAUUCCAGGGUUUCGUGAAUAUCUUUACAAGAUCCAUCCUAACAUGACUUUGGGAGGAAACCUGGUGAAGUCAUUUUGGGAGAAAGCAUUCAGCUGCAAGUUUCCGAAUAGUAAGAAUUUGUUAAUCCAAGAAAAAGUUUGCACUGGAGAAGAGAGUCUAGACAGUGUCAAGAACAGCUACAACGAUGUCUCCAAUUUACGGGUGGCCUACAAUAUCUACACUGCAGUUCAUGUCGUGGCCAAAGCUUUGCAGGAUCUCCAAAACUGCGGCAAAGCAGGAGGUCCAUUCUCUCAUGGCAGUUGUGCAAAUAUGCACAGUUUUACCCCCUGGCAGUUGCUGUAUUAUAUGAAGAGGGUGAGGGUCACUUUGAGCAGUGGGAGAGAGCUUUACUUUGAUGAGAAUGGAGACCCACCAGCCAUCUAUGACAUUGUAAACUGGCAGAUGACCCCAGAAGGAACUAUAAGACAGGUCAAGGUUGGAAGUUAUGACACCACAGCUGCUUCUGGUCAGGUCUUUACCAUCAACUCCAGCCUUUUGUUGUGGGCCACAGAAGACCAAGAGGUUCCUGUGUCAGUAUGCAGUGAGAGUUGUCAGCCAGGAUACAGAAAAGCUGUCAGAAGUGGACAGUCUGCGUGUUGCUUUCAGUGUGUCCCCUGCCCACAAGGAGAAAUCUGCAACCAAACUGAUUCUCUCGAUUGCCUGAAGUGUCCAUGGAGUGAGUGGCCAAAUCAGGAGAAAUCAAAGUGCCUUAAAAAACAACUUGAGUUCCUCUCUUUCGAUGACCCAUUGGGGUCAACUUUGGCAGCCAUAUCUGUUGUGUCAUCCAUAGCUCCUAAUUUAAUUUUGAGACUUUUUACACGUAACAGAUCCACUCCCAUAGUAAAAGCCAGCAACUUCUCCCUAAGUUGUCUUCUACUGGUGUCGCUCUCUCUUUGUUUUCUUUGUUCUAUAACUUUUAUUGGGUACCCUCAACCAGAGAAAUGUCUUAUACGUCAAGUUGCAUUUGGCUUGGUUUUUACUUUGUGCAUUUCUUGUAUUUUGGCCAAAACCAUUAUGGUGGUAUUUGCUUUCAUGGCAACAAGACCAGGGAGCUCUCUAAAAAAAUGGACCAAUCCUCGUGUAUCUUAUAUGAUUAUUUUAGUAGGCUUCUUACUACAGUUCCUACUUUGCAUGACAUGGUUGUUGACGACUCCACCUUUUCCGCAAUACAACACUCAAACCCAACCUAUGUUUAUCAUCAUUGAGUGUAAUGAGGGUUCUCCUGUUGCCUUCUGGACCAUGUUGGGUUACCUAUUUCUCCUGGCCACCAUUAGUUUUGUUGUUGCCUUCCUGGCUCGGAGACUCCCUGACAGCUUCAACGAAGCUCAAUUUAUUACUUUCAGCAUGCUGGCCUUUCUCAGUGUAUGGAUAUCUUAUAUCCCAGCAUCAUAUAGUGCCCAAGGAAAAUACACGGUGGCCAUGGAGAUCUUUGCAAUCUUGACCUCUAGUUGGGCUCUUAUCACCUGUAUGUUUCUUCCUAAAUGUUUCAUAAUUUUGUUCAGACCUGACACUAACUCUAGAGAAUAUCUUAUGAGAAAAGACAGAAGAUAGUAGAACAGUUAUAGAGUGUUCCUUUAUCUCGUUACUUUAGCAUACUGAGCUUCCUUAGGUAACUGUUAUGCAUUUAUUCAGACUGUAAAAUAAUUUACAAUGUAUAAAAUUUAGAGUAUCUUGCUCCCGCUCCAGCCACCUUAUAUUCUCCGAUGUCCUCACUGUCCAUCCGUAUAACUUUGCUUGAUCAACAUUGUUUAAUAAAAAUGUUUACAGAACAAUAUGACUAUACAAC